CAACAUUAUUCGCACAUUCAACAAGUUACUGUUGAGCUGUUCAGACUUGUUUAUAAAUCUUUUAAAACUUGAAGUGACUGAAUUUUGUCUGAAUUAUUUCGAAGCAAUUAUUAAGCAGUUUUUUUUCUGAAGUAGUAAUAAAGAAGAGAAAUUGUAACGAUGAGUUUGAAACUUGCUUGUUGUGAAGAUCAAUACAAAAAAUUUCCACAGCUGGACCGCGAUGAAGUGUUGAAAUUGCAAGAUUGGCACGAAAAGCAGCCACAUCUUCCAAAUAUUACAGAAUUGGACGCUAUAAUUUUUCUACAUGCAUGCAAUUAUAGUGUUGAAAAGGCAAAGAUAUGUAUGGAUACUUACUACACUAUUCGAACCCAUUGUCCUGAGUUCUUCGGUCAACGUGAUGUUAAUGGUCACGAUAUUACGGCUCAAAUGAAUAUUUUAGCAGUAGCACCACUUGAGGGCCUCACGCAUGAAGGCUAUCGCGCCAUUUUAUGUAAAUUAACGGAUUUCGAUGCAUCUAAAUAUAAUUAUGUUGAUUCAGCCAAAUUAUUUUCAAUGGUAGCCGAUUUACUGUUGGCCCAAGAUGGAAUUGCUGAAGGGCAUGCGAUUAUCAUCGAUAUGGAAGGAUCUACCCUAUCUCAUUUAGCUAAAGUGAACAUUUUGGCCAUGAAAAAGUUCAUGUUUUACAUUCAGGAAGCAUUGCCGGUUCGUUUGAGAGCAUUUCAUUUUAUAAACACAGUCCCAUUCAUGGAUAAAGUAUUGGCUCUAAUGAAACCCUUUAUGAAGAAGGAACUUUUAGAUGCGAUGCAUUUGCAUUCAUCAUUGGAUACAUUUGUAGAUAAGCAUGUACCUAAGAUGAUAUUGCCUAGUGAAUAUGGUGGUUCUGCUGGAACACUCAAAGAAUUUACGGAAAAAACAUACAAAGAAUUACGAGCCAAUCCCGAAUUUUUUGUAAAUGAGGAAAAAAAUAGAGUCGACGAAAAGUUGCGUCCAGGAAAACCAAAAACUGAAAGUGACCUAUUCGGAACCGAUGGCAAUUUCAAGCAAUUGCAAUUCGAUUAAAGUGUGAAAUUUACAUACAUUCUCAUAUUUGAAGCAAUUGUAAUAUUGUUCUACCAAAACUUCUAUUCACCGUCACCAUAUGAUAUUUAAAACACGAAUAUUUUGCACCAUUUUUUUUGUUUGUUUUUGGCGGUUAAAAAGUAUUUAAUGGAAUUAAAUUCCUUCUAAGGGUUAAUUUAAAGUUCAAUAAAAAAUAUUUUAAUUAAGAAAGCAGACAAACACAA